AUGGUCAGCGUCACAGAAAUUACAAUUCUAAUCGUUCUAAGUGCGGUAUCCUUUGUAGGAAUUCUGGGAAAUAGCUUCAUAGUGCUGAUUACCUGCAUGGACUGGAUCAAGAGAAGAAAGAUGUCUCCAGUAGACCAGGUGCUCGCUGCUCUGGCCAUCUCCAGAAUGGCUAUGCUCUCAGUAUUACUAAUAAAUUCAUAUGCAUUCGUCUUUGCCUCAACUAUAUACGUGACUGAAGAAACGUUAAAGGUGAUUGCUUAUGCCUGGACAGUCACCAAUCAUUUCAGCAUCUGGCUUGCUACAAGUCUCAGCAUCUAUUAUUUUCUCAAGAUAGCCAGUUUUCCCAACUCCAUCUUUCUCUACCUAAAGUGGAGAGUGUCAAAGGUGGUUUCCGUGGUCCUGCUGGUGACCUUGACCUUCUUGAUCAUUAAUAUGGCCUUGGUGGACAUGCUUAUUGACGACUGGUUCCAUGAUUCUCAAAGGAACAUGACUCACAGUUCCCGAAUGAGCGACUUCCCACAAUUUUCCAAACGUAUUAUAUUCACUAACACCAUGUUCACUCUUGGACCCUUUUCCGUGACCCUGACUAUUUUUCUCCUGCUGAUCUUCUCCCUGUGGCGACAUCUCAGGAGGGUCCUGCACAGUGGCAAAGACUGCCAAGAUGCCAGCACCAAGGCACACUUCAAGGCCAUGCAGAGUGUCAUUGCCUUCCUUGUGCUCUAUGCCGCUUUCUUUCUGUCCCUUUUAAUGUCAUCUUGCAACUCUGACAUGCUAGGGAAAAACCAGAACACACUGUUGUGCCAGACCACUGGAAGUGUUUACCCCGCGGGACACUCGUGUGCCUUGAUUCUGGGCAAUCGUAAGUUGAGACAGGCCUUUCUCUCUGUGCUCUGGUGGUUGGGGGUCCGAGUCAGAGGUGGAGCACCCUCUCGCUCAUAG